UACUUAGUCAAUAUUUAAUAAUUACUGACCAUACAAUUCACAGUAGUAUACACUGGGAAUGAACUAAGAAGAAGAGUAUAUACUGAGAGAAUAAUUAGGGUUACAGUAUUUAGUUCUUUUUUUUCUUUUCUAUUCUUUUUUCAUUUCAUUUCAUUAACUUUACAUCUUUUUAUCAACCAUGUCAUCAGGACGAGGAGGAGGUCAACCACCUUCUUCGUCUAGGUAUGGUGAUAGAAAUGAAUAUACUGAUUAUGGGAAAUCUCGAAGGAAGAAUUUCUAUUCUCCCAAUACUAUACCUACAACAAGAAGAGAUUAUAAGAGUUCUGGUUCAGGAGGUCCUGGGUCUUCUUCAUUAGCUCAUUCUUUAAAGGAUAAUAAUAAUAAUAAUAAUAAUAUCAAUAAUAUUAAUGAUAGACCUCCAUAUAGUCAAGGUACAGCUCGACAACAACAACAAUUACCACCACAACAACAGCAAUUACAACAACAACAACAACAACAACAACAACAACAACCUUAUACAUCUUAUUAUCCCAGUUAUGGAGCUUAUAGUAAUAAAAAUGGGAAUAUAUCCUCUCAAAAUGACUAUAAUAAUUCUCGAGAAACUUGGAGAUCAGGAGAUUCAAGAUUAACUACUAGUAAUAAACCUUCAUUUAAUAAAUAUGAUUCUUAUGGUUCAUCAUCAUUAUCUUCAUCUAAUUCAAUCCCUUAUGGAUCAAAAAGACGUUCAUUAACUGGCUCAGUAGGGAAUCGAUAUUCUUCUAAAGAUCGAAAUAGAGGCCCAUCUUAUAAUAGUACCAGUUUAAACCGAGGUGGUGAUACUUAUUAUCCUUCAAGUGGUAAAGGCUAUUCAUCUUAUAAUAAUUUAAAUUCAGUUAAUUCAAAUUCAAUUUCAAAUCCCAAUUCAAUUUCAAAUCCAAAGUUAAUUGAUCGAUAUUCUUCUUUAAAAAGUGGAAGAUUAACUCAUUCUUUAGAUUAUUAUUCCCUGUCUCCUGGUCCUGAUGAUGAUAGUAAAUUAUCUGAAGAUGAAGAGAAUGAAGAAGAAGAGGAAGAUGAUAGUCAUGCAGAAUUAUCGAGAAAGACUACGAGAGAAGAGAAUGAAGAAGCAGAAGAUCGAGAACUAGAAGAAGCAUUAGAACAAGAACAAGAACAAGCACAAGAACAAGAACAAGAACAGGAAACACAACCGAAACAGGAACAAGAGGAUGAAGACGAUGAAGAAGAAGAUGAAGAAGAGGAAGAAGUAUCACAAUUGGAUAAAAGUGAAAAUGAUAUUGAAAUUGAAACCAUCCCCACGGAGAAGACUAUAGUAGAGGAAGAGAAACCACCAGUACAAGUUGAAAUACAACAAGAAAACAAAGAUAUUAUUGAAGAAAAAGUUCCAGUCUCUAUUAAAAUUGAUGUAUCAAAUGAAGUUUGUUAUCCUGAUGGAUGUAAAUAUCCAUUAAAUCGUUUAGAAUAUGAAUUUGAAAAAUUACAAUCACAAUUCCAAUCAGAAACUAAACAAGAAGAUGGAUUAAAUUAUCUUAAAUAUAGUUUAGCCAAACCUAUAAUUGAUUUUAAAGAUUAUAAAUUCUUUAUGAAGAAUUUCCAAAUAUUUAUUAAACGGAAAGGUGGACUUAUAGAUAAUUUAAAACAACAAAAUCAACAAUUACAUCGUAAAAAGAUAACAUUAUGGAAUGAAUAUACUGAAGGUAUGAAAUCAUGGGAAAUUGAACGAGCAAAAAUGGAACAACAAUUACUGAUAAUUCAUCCACCUGAUGAUGAAAUGAGACGAGAAAUUGAUGCCAGUGAUAAUCGGAAAUUAUAUCAACAACAAUAUAAUAAUAAUAAUAAUCAUAAUAAUAAUAAUAAUACUAAUAAUAAUAAUAAUAAUUCUGGUAAUGAUAAUGAUAAUAAUUCCGGUAAUGAUAUUGCUCAUGGACGUCGAUCAAGAAGACAUGGAGAUUUAGUUACUACCGAAGCAGAAUUUCAAGAAAUUCUUAAAUCUUUAGAACGUGAACAAGAUGAAGAUCCGAUUAUAAAAGCUCAAAGAGUUUCUGCUCCUAUUCCAGAUUUAAUUUUAGAUCCAAUUAAACGAGACAAUAUGAAUUUUAUGGAUUCAAAUAAUAUUGUUAAGGAUAAAUUAAAUUGGGCAACUCGAGUUAAAACUGAUUUUAUUAGUAAUUUCUCUACCAAGGAGCAUGAAUUAUUUUGUGAAGGAUUUUGUUUAUUUCCUAAACGAUUUGGUUCAAUUUCUAAACAUAUGGGAGGGUUAAGAACUCCUUCUGAUUGUGUAGUUCAUUAUUAUAUUACUAAAAAGGCUGUGAAUUAUAAACAAUUAUUAAUUCAAUUUAAGAAAAAGAGUUCAAAAAAGGGUCGUCGGGGUAAACAAAUUAAAUCUAGAAAUGUAUCACAAUCACAAUCACAAUCUCAACCUCAAUCUCAAUCUCAAACUCCAGUUUCAACUCCUUCAGAAGUUUCAUUACCUGAACCAGUUACUGAAAUUAUAUCGAAUAUAAUUCAACCUCCAAUUGAACCUCAUACAGAAGAAUUAUUUACUGAAACUGGGAGAAGAAAACGAGCAGCGGCUCCAGUAUUUGAAGGAACUAAAAAAUCAGAUACAAUUCAAAAUUCUGUUGCAAAUCGAAAUCCAAAUCCAAAUCCAGAUGCAAAUAUAGAUACAAAUUUAAAUUCAAAUGCAUUACCUAUUCUUCCAAAAGAUGAAUUAAAUGAAAUUCCACCUCCAGAUGGUUCAUUACCUUCAACACCUCCUAAUGCAGAUUCUAAAGAUCGUAGAAGAACUAUUUCUAGUUAUUGGAGUAUAACAGAAGCUACUUUAUUUCCUCAUUUAUUAAGUGAACAUGGUACAAAAUGGACCACUAUAGCAGAUGCAUUAAAGACUAAAACCGCCACUAUGGUUAGGAAUUAUUUCCAAAGAAAUGCUGAAAAGAAUGGUUGGAAUAUUAUAGCCAUUGAAGCUGAUGCAAGAUUAGAAGCUAAAUUUGCGGCUGUAUUAAAUACUCCCGGAAUUACUCAUCCAGAAAUUAUUGAGGCUAAAAGUACUUAUCCUGAAACUGGACCUUCGACAUCAACAUUUAUACCAAUGGGGACUUUUCAACAUAUAGCUCCACCUCCAAUAGCGAAAUUUAAUACUGGACCUUCAAUUAGUUCACUUUUAUCUGAUGAUACCCCUGCUCAAGCAUCAACCGAACAACCACGACCAAUAAAUAUCCCCACUUAUAUACAACCACAACCACAACCUCAACCACAACUGCAAAUACAACCACCGCCAUUCAAUCCUCAACCUCAACUUCAACCUCAACCUCAGCCUCAACCUCAACCUCAGCCUCAACCUCACCCCAUUCAACGAGCUUCAAUUAUGAGCUUAUUGAAUUCCGAUUCAAGUCCAGUCAAAUCAGAACCCAUAGUCCCUCAAGUAAUCCACAUGAGAAAAAAUAGUCUUCAUGACAUACUUAAUUCUCCUUCGUCGGAAACGUCUUCCAACUAUAAUCCUCCUGCUCCUAACAACAACAACAAUAAUGGAGUGAAAAGAAAUGGGAUUGCCAGUUUACUUUCGGAUCCCACCCCUUAAUAAUGACCUAGUAACGUAUUAAUAUCUAAUUUAUUUCUAUAUAUAUCUGUAUUAUAUUACUUAGAAUGUAUAAUUACUUUUAUGUGGUAGUGCGCAUGUGCCCAAUUAAUUUGGAGAUAGUCGUGUACACUUAAUCGAAAAAAAGUCGUGUACUACUCUCCCAAAAUUUUAUUCAGAAAUUUUUCACUUUCGACUAAACUAACACCCAUAAAUCAUAAUACAUAUA